AUGAAUAAAACCGUUGACGAUCUUACUAAAGCAAAAGAUGACCUUGUUAAGGCAAGGGAUAGUAGUAAAGCUUGGAUAACUAUAUUGGAGAAUUGGUUAAAAGAUAAUGGAAAUAAAAAUAUUUCAAAAAAUGAACUGAUUUCUAGAAAAGAUUAUUUAUCAAAAGUUUUUGACAAGUACCUUGACGUUCAAAAUGAAUUAGAAAUAUUAGAUGAUGCAUAUGCUGUUGACAUGGCAGAUGUGGAAGGGAGAUUUCUAAUCUUGGAAUCAGCCCUAAAUGAUAAAAUUGAUCAAAUUUCAGUAAAUUCUGUUAUGAGCACCUCAGCUCAACAAAGUCCCACAAACUCAAAUAACCGUCAUGUCCACUUACCGGAGAUAAAAAUUCCUCAUUUCGAUGGGACUAUAGAAAAUUGGCCUAUUUUUUCCGAGAUGUUCACAAAACUUAUCGUAAAUGACACUCAUCUUUCAGAUAUUGAAAAACUAAUCUACUUAAAAUCAAUUCUCAAGAACGAACCUCUACAACUAAUUGAAAAUUUGGAAAUUGUGGGUUCAAAUUUUUCUAUUGCUAUCGACAUACUUAAAAAUAGAUUUGAAAAUAAAUGUUUAAUAAUUAAUACUUAUUUAAAACAACUUUUGAACGUUCCUUCAAUAACAAAAAAUACUGCUCAAAACUUGCGUGAAUUCUUAACUCACAUAAAAAAGAAUUUAAGUACGAUAAACAAUUUAAAUAUUUCCGACAAUCUUGCAGAUUUUAUUUUAAUUCACAUAUUCACACGAAAAUUAGAUUUUAAUAUGAAACGAUCCUUUGAAUCAGAAAGAGAUUUUAACGAACUUCCUACGAUAGAUGAGUUUUUGGAUUUCAUUGAAAAGAAAUGUAAGAUAUUGGAAAAUUUGAUCUUUGAAGAGAAAACAAAUCAUAAACCAAAACCGUCUCUGUAUACUUCUGCAGAUAACAGAGAUACACUUUUUAAAUGUUUUGUCUGCAAUUCUAGCUCACACAAGGUAUACUCUUGCCAAAAAAUUUUAAAUUUGACUGCUCAAGAGCGUAUACAAAAAGUAAAGAACAAAGGUUUCUGUCUCAAUUGCCUUGCUAGUGGCCAUAUAUCCAAUAUUUGUCCCUCAUUGUCGAAUUGUAAAACCUGCAAUAGGCGCCGUCAUUCUUUGCUCCACAUUUCGCAUCCGUCGGAAAAUAAUGCAAAGCAAGUUUCCGGUAGGUUAAAUCAUCAAAGUCCACCCGCCCAAAAUCAAUUUGUUCGUAAUUUCCGUGACCAACGUCAAAACCAGCAUCCUUCUCAAUGUACCUCGGAGAAUAUUCAAGCAAAUUCGCAGAACAAUUUUGUUCUAAAUGCAAUUCCGCAAUAUUUGCCAGAUAUGCAAAAUCCCCCAGGUCCGAGCAAUAUUUCGUCUCACUCUGUAUAUUCGAAAAACCUACAAGUUUUACUCGCAACUGCUUUGGUAACUGUUUACGAUGUUCAAAAUAACCCCAUCUCAGUUCGUUGUUUAACAGACUCCGGUAGCCAGGUUUCGUUCAUAACAGACAGGUUAGCCAAAAGAAUUUGUUAUUCACCAUAUACCAGAAAUCUUCAAAUAUCAGGCAUAGCUCAAACUUCUUCUGUUUCAAACAAGAUGGUAGACCUUCAAAUCCAUUUAAACACAUCUCCUGGCAAAAAUUUUUAUUUGUCUUGCGCUAUCCUUGAAAGCAUUACGUGCCAGCAUCCACGAGUCGCGCUCGAUUUAAAUUUAUUAAAAAUACCAAAAAAUGUAAAACUCACAGAUCCACAUUUCUGUACCCCGUCGGACGUAGAUAUUCUUUUAGGAGCUGAUAUCUAUUUCGAUCUAGUUACUUAUGGCUUAAUAAAACUAGGUCCCAACCUUCCUAUUCUUCAAAACAUUCAUUUGGGGUAUAUUGUAGGUGGAAAUAUUCCAUACUCUCGUAAUGCGAUGUUAGGAUCAAACUCGAAUCCUUCAACUAAUGUUCACUCUCAUUACUCAAAUGUUUCAUUACACGCACAAACUGCUGAUCUCGAUUCUCUUUUAAAGAACUUUUGGGAAAUAGAAGAGACUAAACCUAUCAAUCCUAUUCAUGCAAAAACAUUAACUCCCUCAGAACAGCAAGCUGAGGACAUAUUCAAAUCUUCGUUUACAAUUCUUCCUAGUGGCAGAUUUCAAGUAGACCUACCUCUAAAAACUCCUAGUGAAUAUCGAAAAUUAGGCGAAUAA